AUGAGCGACGACCCUAAUCUGAGCCUUACGCUCGAGGGUCAUACGUGCAACAUCGGCACGUCCGAGUACAACCAGGCGCUCGGUGAGCGGCGAGCCACUUCCGUGCGCGACUAUCUGACGAGCCGCGGCAUCGCCGCCAGCCGGCUGCAGACGGUCACCUUCGGUGAGGAGCGCCCGCUGCACGACAACGCGCGUGAGGAAACCAGGCGCCUGAACCGCCGCGCCGCCUUCGUCGUCCGCAUGCAGUAA